CGGUCCUCCAGGACAAGUACUUCCACCUAGAGGAAGUGGGGCGUCCUUACAGUCGAAGUGCUCCUCCCAUGGUCCGGCCCACUCCGGGGGGCACCUCAGCGGGAGUGCUGCGGGGACCCCGGAGGUUGAAAGCUAAACAUGGGGAAGAGCUGCAAGGUGGUCGUGUGCGGCCAGGCCUCUGUGGGCAAAACUUCCAUUCUUGAGCAGCUCCUGUACGGGAACCAUGUUGUGGGUUCUGAGAUGAUUGAGACCCAGGAAGACAUCUAUGUAGGCUCCAUUGAGACGGACCGAGGGGUGCGGGAGCAAGUGCGUUUCUAUGAUACUCGGGGUCUCCGAGAUGGAGCCGAGCUGCCCAGGCACUGCUUCUCCUGCACUGAUGGCUACGUCCUGGUCUACAGCACAGACAGCCGAGAAUCGUUUCAGCGCGUUGAGCUGCUCAAGAAGGAAAUCGACAAGUCCAAGGACAAGAAGGAGGUCACCAUCGUGGUCCUUGGCAACAAGUGUGACCUGCAGGAGCAGCGUCGUGUAGACCCGGAUGUGGCACAGCAUUGGGCCAAGUCGGAGAAGGUGAAACUGUGGGAGGUGUCAGUGGCUGACCGCCGUUCCCUCCUGGAGCCUUUCAUCUACCUGGCCAGCAAGAUGACCCAGCCCCAGAGCAAGUCUGCCUUCCCUCUCAGCCGCAAGAACAAGGGCAGUGGUUCCCUGGAUGGCUGAAGAGCUGCCCUUCUGUCUUCACCGUUCCAACCCCAUUCCAGGAUGGGUGGAGGGCACAGGGGUGCAGAAGCAAGCUGUUCUUCCAAUCAGUAAGGGAACCACCCUCUAGGCCAGGAAGCUGGGCUAGCCCAGGCCAGUGCCACUUUUGUCCCCUCUUAACUCCCAGAAGUGCAAGUGGACUUGAGUGCUGGCCUUGACCCGUCCAUGAUAGUCCCCACCCCGCCCCCAGCUCACGUCACGUUUUCUCCACUGUUACCUGGACACUUAUGGUACAUAGUGUCUCUUCCAUCUGCCUGGGCAGGAAGCAGGGCUGUCAUGCCAAAGUGCCCAGUCCAGGGUCUAGCUCCUAUCAGGGAUUCCAGCUCUCUAAAUUUCCUGCCAGUAACCCAGCACCAGCCUGGGCCCGAGAAAGUGACCAGGGAUUGUGAGCACACGGUUCUAUGUGCUGGCCUUAGGCUUGGCUCCUCAUCCCUCACCCUGACCUUUCCCCUGGCCUGUCCAAGGCUGGGAAAAGCCAGGCUCCUGGGAGUGGCGCUUUCUGCUUGACCUCCACCCAUCUCCCAACUGUUUCACUUCCUCUUCCUGCUCUUCCUCAUUGGUUGCGGUGGAGCGGAAUGAUGACUGGGAUGUCAGUCACCCUGUGACCUACCAAGGCCAUUCUUCUCUGGGCGUCAGUUUUCUCAUCUGUGAGUUGACCGGAGCUUGGAUGAUCACUCGGAGCCGUGGCAGCUCUGAUUUUCUAAACCAGGUGGCUUGGGCCUACUGUGUCUCUGCCCCUGCUUCACCCUCUUCAAGGUGCUACACCUACCAGCCCUGGAGGCUGGACCAGCCUCUCCUAACCACCAGGGGGCAGGAGUGCACUCUGUGCUCCAAGGAGCACCAUCUGGACCUGCCCAUAGGGCUGGUGUCCAUCCCUCUUGGUUGUUUUCAGCUAGUAGCUGGAUUUAUAUUUAUAUUCUCUGUAUUUAUAUGCCUGUUCCCCUGGUGAAGGUGGGAUAAGCCGCUCCUCCAGCCCUUCCUUCUUACCUCAGAUGCCUGACCCCAACCGGGCAAACAGUAGCAGCUUCCUAGGAGCUGACAGGCCUUGCAUCCAGGGUUGUGCUAUAAAGUGAGCCUAUAACCCACAACUUCUGGUGCCCACCUUGAGCUUCUGAUAUGCACACCUCACAUGAGUUAGACACUACAGCCAGGCCACCUCCAAUACUACCCCUUCUCUUCAGAAUAGGUGAGAAGGGGCUGGUGCCCAGGGCUGGGCAAGGAGAGUCAGGGCAUCUACAGGCUCAGGCUUGAAGUUCAUUUAUUAAUGUGUUGGACACAAUAAAACCACAACUGCUGUUAUCAAAAA